AUGCCGGCGCAGGCAGCAGCGAUGCCGAAAGGCCUGACGCUCGCUGUCAAACUCCCGGCUGUCAGAGAGUCUGCGAUCCAGGGUCCAAAUCACGACACUGCGCUCAACAUGCCGUCUGUAGACGGCAGGGAUGCACUUCACGAUGCGCGAUUUACCAAUCAUUUAUGCUGGGACCACCAACCCCCCGAAGUCCAAGAUGCGUACCUGCUCGGAUACCUGUUUGGCGGGGAAGAUAUCCACGCGGCAACUGCAAACGAGCCUCAGCAACAACAGCAACAACGCAGCAGGCGCAGACGUUCUCGCCAGAAGCCAAAGCCCGCACCGGCCGCAUCGCAGCCUAAAAUGUCAGCCGAGCCUCGAGAGCAGGCAUCCGAAGAUCCCUCGUCCAGUUCGGACGACGACGAUGUUAUAGCUGCAGCUCAUCAGCUGUCCACCAUAGGGGAGGAACCGGAAAGAGAGGACGCUGUGCGCUCGACGCAGAAAUCUCGACAAGAGAACCCAGGAACAGCGCCCGGAACACCGACGGCUCGUCGCAGUCAGAAGACGGUUCACUUCGCAGAUCCUCCCCCGCGAUCCUCCGUGGCCGCUGAAAAACCAUCUGUCGAGACGAUAGCGGACACCUGGGUUGCCGAGCCCCUUUCCUCGUCCACGGCAGCCCGUCUCCGAAUCUCCCACCACCGGCGAAGCCUAGACGGACGGUCCGGGUAUCGGUCUUCGCCAAAGACCUCUAGCAGUCUCGCCGCUCCGGCUGUGAAGACCCGUGAGAGGCGUCACAGCACCGGCAGUGCCCCAAAGUCUACCGACGUCCAGCGGACACCGAGAACGAGGGUCAGCCGCUGA